ACAACGCUAGAUAAUAAGAUAAAUAGGCUACAAAAUUGAGAAGGAUUUGGCAAUUGGCAUCCAAGUCUUUAGUCAUGUCAUCCAAACUAGUAACAGCUAUCUUAGCCAAUUUUCUAGUAGUUCACAUAGGAGCUGGUGCAGCAGCUCCUGACGAUUUUGGGUUCAUCUAUCAAGGAUUUCAAUCAUCAAAUCUAAGCCUGGAUGGAUUAGCCACGGUCACCAAAAAUGGCCUCCUAAGGAUAACCAACACCACCAAAUUACAAACGGGGCACGCCUUCUAUCCUAAUCCCCUCAAAUUCAAGACAAAAUCUAAUAGUUCAGCUUUCUCCUUUUCCACCCAAUUUGUGUUUGCUAUCGUGGCUGAAGUACCAGGCAUGCCUGGUCCGGGAAUGGCUUUCGUGAUUGCGCCAACAAGAGGCCUUGCAGAAGGGCCCUCCACUCGUUUCCUCGGCCUCUUCAACACAAGCACCGAUGGAAAUCGAACAAAUCACGUUUUUGCGGUGGAGCUUGACACUAUCCAAAACCCAGAUUUUGAAGAUAUCAAUGACAACCAUGUUGGUAUUGAUAUUAACUCUAUGACGUCCAAGGUAUCCCAGCCAGCAAGUUACCAGGCUAAUAACAAGAAUUUAUUUGACAACUUAACUCUUAGCAGCGGUCAAGAUAUGCAACUUUGGGUCGAAUACGACGGGGUGGCGAGGAGAAUCGAUGUUAAAUUAGCUCCAGUAGCGGCAUCUAAACCACAUACUCCUCUUUUGUCUUUGACAUAUGAUCUUUCGCCAAUUUUUCAGCAGAGCAUGUAUGUUGGCUUUUCUGCAGCCACUAGUCCACGCGACAUAGGAUCAUCUCAUUUUAUACUUGGAUGGAGCUUCAGGACGAAUGGCGUUGCGCAGGCUCUUGAUCUCUCUCGGCUCCCCAAGCUACCUCGGUUUGGACAUAAGAAAGUAUCUGAAUUUUUCACUGUGGGAUUGCCCCCGAUUUGCAUGCUUUUCUUGUUAAUACUAAUAUCCGGAGUAGCUUAUUAUCUAAGGAGGAAGUGGAAGUUUGCAGAAGUGCUGGAAGAAUGGGAGCUUGCUUAUGGGCCUCACAGGUUCAAGUAUAAAGAUUUAUACAUUGCCACCAAGGGGUUCAGAGAAAAGGAGAUGUUGGGGGAAGGCGGAUUUGGAAGGGUCUACAAAGGCGUUCUGCCAACAAGCAAGGUUGAGGUUGCUAUCAAGAAGGUCUCUCAUCAAGCAAGACAGGGAAUGAGAGAAUUUAUUGCAGAAGUCGUCAGUAUUGGUCGCUUACGCCAUAGAAAUUUAGUACCACUCUUGGGUUAUUGUCGGCGUAAAGGAGAGUUACUUUUGGUAUACGAGUUCAUGUCCAAUGGUAGUCUAGACAAGUUUUUGUACAACCAACCCAAGUAUAUCCUCAGCUGGAGCCAAAGAUUGCGAGUCAUCAAAGGUGUAGCAUCCGGAUUAUUCUAUCUACACGAAGAAUGGGAGCAAGUAGUGAUCCACCGAGAUGUGAAAGCAAGUAAUGUAUUGUUAGAUAGUGAACUGAAUGGAAGAUUAGGAGAUUUCGGCCUGGCAAGGCUAUACGAUCAUGGAACCCUCCCUCAAUCCACCCAUGUAGCGGGAUCUCUUGGCUACCUUGCUCCUGAGCAUAGCAGGACAGGGAGGGCCACAACAAGCACUGAUGUAUAUGCUUUUGGGGCCUUUUUGCUGGAGGUUGCCUGCGGAAGAAGGCCAAUAGAACCCCAAGCAGCACCAGAAGAGAAGGUCAUUUUGGUUGAUUGGGUAUUUUCGUGCUGGAAAGCAGGCAAUAUUCUCCAGGCGGUUGAUCAAAAGUUGGGUACUGAGUUUGUGAAAGAGGAAGCAGACUUGGUGUUGAAACUAGGCUUGUUAUGCUCUCAUUCAGAACCAAAGAUUAGGCCGAGUAUGAGGCAAAUUCUGUUGUACUUGGAGGGAUCAGUUGCCUUGCCAGAUUUAUCAUCACUAGCCAUGGGCGUUUCUGCUGUUGGUCUUGGCUUCGCCCACCCUGCUGGCUUUGAAAACAUUUUAUCGUCAUUUGCUUUUUCCACAGAGAAACGUUUUUCACAUUCUGUGGCAGACUCUACUCUCUCUGGUGGUCGGCAAUUAAGAUGCUCAUCAUUCUGAUUUUGUAAAUUUAAAAAAAAAAA